AUGUGCAAUCACCCCAGCUCCAAGAUCUGCAGCGGCUGCAAGUCUAUUCAUUACUGCUCUACGGCUUGCCAGAAGCAUGAUUGGCCCCUCCACAAGGUAGUCUGCAAGGACUACCAAGAGUUCCUGCCGACUCGACCUGAUUCCAGCCAUUACAGCGCUAUCUACUUCCCUGCCGACGAAGACAAGCCCCGCUUUGUCUGGAUGCGUUACGAAGCCGGCCACAAUCAUCCUCAAGAAGUCGCUUUUGCAGAGCUAGGAUUAAGCCAGGAGUGGAUUGACAAGCAUGACAACGUUGCGAGUGAGACCAACCCGGUACUCAAGCGUCGCUACGAGUCGCACUGCAUCGUCUUGUCAAGGCCCACCGCUGAAAAGAUAUGUCCAUGCUGCACUCCGAAUGGCAAGCCUAACCAGAGCAUCUCGAAACUCGAUUCCGAUCUUGCUCGAUUCUGCCAAGGCGCGAUCGUUGCUUGGGGAGUGCAUCACACGUCGGAUAUUGAUAAGAGGCCUUCUGAUGUACAUCUCGGACCAGCCGACUUCCGAUCCGUGAUCGAUGAGAUGCGGCUGGUGGAGCAUUUCUGGAAUGAGAAAUUCCACGAGUUGUCCCUGGGCCAGAAAGGUACCAUAGUCGUGCGUCUGAACUGUCAGGGCGACCAGCAAUUUCUAGACCGCCCGAUCAUUGAGGAGCACGUUGGACUACUCGCAGGAUGCCACGAAUCUCAGAUACCCACCCCAGUAGCUGACCGAGUCGGCCUUCCGCUUAUCGCCUAUCAGAAUACACCAGCCAGAGUCUGGCGCGAUUACGCCCCCCACUCAGGUAGACAGAACCACAAAGCCUGUCUUCUGAAUCCAGGACAACAGACCGCCGAAACUGGCAGUGUGACGUUAGGUCGGAAAGAUGGGAAGCCACUGCUUCUGGCACAUGUCCAUGCUCUUCUCAGCUAUACUGCGGCUAAAAUGGCGGAUUCUGCUCCUUCAGAUCUUGCGUGUAUAACUCCCGACAUGUUGCAUGCAGAACGUAUCAACCAGGUAUCGAAGGAGAACUUCGAGCGUUUCUACUAUGAGAUGUGGCAGGAGAAUCCAUUCCGGGGGCGUUUGGUACCAUCGCCGUUCAACAUCUGA